CCUUACACAAUGGUUGCUUUCCCUUCUCUUUUUCUUCUUCUAUUGCUCAACUUUCAUUAUGUUGGGGCUUUAGUGACUGAGCUUCCGUUGAUCAAUCUUCAAACGUACAUUGUCCACGUGGAGAAACCAGAGACGACGGAUGAUCUUGAGAGCUGGCAUCGAUCGUUCUUACCGUCGAGUUCGAGUUUGCUAUACUCGUAUCGAAAUGUGAUGAGUGGUUUUGCUGCAAGACUAAGUGAAGAACAAGUGAAAGCAAUGGAAGAGAAGGAUGGUUUUGUGUCAGCAAGGCGUGAAAGGAUAUUGCAAUUGCAUACAACGCAUACCCCUGAUUUUCUUGGUUUGAAUCGCCAAUUUGGGUUUUGGAAAGAUUCAAACUUUGGAAAGGGAGUGAUCAUAGGAGUGUUGGAUGGCGGAAUUGCGCCAAGCCAUCCUUCAUUUGAUGAUGUGGGAAUGCCACCACCGCCACCCAAAUGGAAAGGAAGAUGCGAGUUUAAUUUCUCAGCCUGCAACAACAAGCUUAUAGGUGCGAGAUCUUUUAAUCUCGCAACAAAAGUCUUGAAAGGAGAGACAAUGAUGGAUGACUCUCCUAUUGAUGAAGAUGGUCAUGGGACUCAUACAGCGAGCACAGCUGCUGGUGCCUUCGUCAAGGGCGCUGAGGCAUUGGGAAACGCUAAAGGCACGGCUGUUGGCAUGGCCCCUUUAGCUCAUCUAGCAAUUUACAAAGUUUGCUUUGGAGAAGACUGCCCUGACACCGACAUUCUCGCUGCACUUGAUGCCGCUAUUGAAGACGGCGUCGAUGUGCUCUCACUCUCGCUUGGGAGCCCAUCGGUUCCAUUCUUCCAAGACUUAGUCGCCAUAGGUGCAUUCGCAGCCAUUCAAAAGGGGAUUUUUGUGAGUUGCUCAGCUGCUAAUUCAGGCCCUUUUAAAGCCACAUUGUCCAACGAAGCCCCGUGGAUUCUAACGGUUGCAGCCAGCACCAUUGAUCGAAGAAUCAAAGCCGCUGCAAAGCUUGGAAAUGGAGAAGAAUUUGAUGGCGAAUCUCUGUUCCAACCAAGCGAUUUCCCACCAACAUUUUUGCCACUUGUUUACGCUGGUGAGAAGAAUCAAACAGCCGCUUUGUGUGGAGAAGGAUCAUUGAAAGACAUCGACGUAAAGGGAAAAAUUGUGGUAUGCGAAAGAGGAGGAGGAAUUGCAAGAAUUGCAAAAGGGACUGAAGUCAAGAACGCAGGGGGCGCCGCCAUGAUCCUCCUAAACCAACAACAAGAUGGGUUCAGUACUGAAGCAGAUGCUCACGUUCUUCCGGCAAGCCACGUCAGCCACAAGGCGGCGUUGAAGAUAAAAGCCUACAUAAACUCAACAACAUACCCAACAGCCACAAUUCUUUUCAAAGGAACCGUAAUUGGCGACGACAACUUUUCACCCGCCAUAGCUUCUUUUUCAUCUCGAGGUCCCAGCGUUGCAAGCCCUGGAAUUUUGAAGCCCGACAUAACCGGUCCAGGUGUCAGCAUUUUAGCCGCAUGGCCAUUUCCAUUAGACAAAAACAGUAACACAAAAUCAACAUUCAACAUAAUUUCAGGAACAUCCAUGUCCUGUCCUCAUCUCAGCGGCAUUGCAGCUCUAAUCAAAAGCUCUCACCCUGAUUGGUCACCGGCCGCCAUUAAAUCCGCCAUAAUGACAACCGCUGACAUAACAAAUCUUGAAGGCCAGCCAAUUGUCGACGAAAAUUUGCAGCCGGCGGAUUUGUUUGCAACUGGCGCUGGUCAUGUCAAUCCAUCAAAAGCAGCCGACCCAGGAUUAGUUUAUGACAUUCAACCCGAUGAUUACAUUCCUUAUCUUUGUGGAUUGGGAUACAAAAGUAACGAAGUUGCAACAAUUGCCCGUAAACCAAUUAAUUGUUUGGCAAAACCAAGCAUUCCCGAAGGAGACCUCAACUAUCCGUCAUUUACGGUCGUUUUAGGACCGCCGCAAACAUUUACAAGAACGGUGACAAAUGUCGGCUGUGGACGUGAAGUUUAUACUGCCGUGGUCGAAGCACCGCCGUCCAUUUCUGUAACAAUCCGACCAAGUAAGAUAUUCUUCUCAAAGAUUAACGAAAAAGUGACAUAUUCAGUGACGUUCAAGAGAAUUGGUUCGAUCAGUCCCUCAACAGAAUUUGGUAAAGGAUAUCUCAAAUGGGUUUCCGACAAACACGUCGUUAGAAGUCCGAUCUCUUUUAAGUUUGCAUGA